UGUCUGUCACGUCGCGUCGCCGGCCCGAGCUUUCAGAUGUUGCAUCGCGCGCUUUUCUCGCGGUUCCCGUCCCCGUCCACAGUGCGUUUCGCGGGUGUUUUCGCCGCGAUCAUCGCGAAUACCGCAAGCGGGCACCUCCGUGCGUAAGCACCCUGGAUCUACUUUUUUAUCUGAAGCGAUUGGUCCGAGGAAAAAUUGCUCGCUGCGAUAUCGACGGGUUUAAUAUAUAAGCUCGGGUCUUUAUUUGUGUGAAUUUUUGUGUGGUACAAUUUGUGUUUUCGGCUCCACUAAAGUGAUCUUCACUAUCUACUGAUGGUAACAUUUUCAUCAUUGUGAAGUGCUCAAAGAAUUUAAGUUACCGCUACUAUUGAAAAACUUAUCUAGUGUUCAUUUGUAAGGUUUAAAAGUGGAUAUAAGUUGUAUUCUUCCGAGGGAUCUGUUUGUCCUGUUUCAACAAGGAAUAUCCAGCGGGAAAAAUGAGCUUUAGUAUUUUUAAGCUCCUUGAAUUGAAAAUCUUAGGAUUCUUCCUAAUCGGACGAUGGACAGUAGACGCUUUGCAGUUGACCCCAUCAAACAAAUACGUGGAGAAGCGAGUGAACGACUCCUACGUCGUCGAAUGCUACGGAAAAGGAGCAGAAGACUACGCCUGGAUAGGACCGAGUGGAUCAAGGAUACCCAAUUCUGACUCCUCACAUAGAAUACGUGUGGAGGAAGGCCGAGAUUCUUUGGGGAUGAGAGGCCCUCAUCUCAUGUUUGAGCAUAUCAUGAAAAGUGACAUGGGUGAAUACAAGUGCUCAGCGCGGAUGCAAGGACAGCCUGUUAGCAUAUCCUUUAAGCUCAAUGUGAUAAAGCCGAUAUCGUUUGGAGACACACCAAAUCACGUGGAUGGCACACCUGGAAACAAAAUUCUACUGCCUUGUAAAGUAGACGGAGAGCCAAACCUAAGCAUUCAUUGGCAGUUUCAAGGACAACAGAUAACAGAUCCGAAAUACACUGUAGUAGACAGAGGACUCGAGAUAACUAACCCUACACUGGAAAACGCUGGCGAAUAUCAAUGUCGCGCUUUACAAAUGCAAACAGGAGACUUCAACUUCCAUAAAAUUAUUUUACGAUUGAAACAUAAACCCAUGUGGACAUCAAACGACUCCGUCAUCUAUGGUUACGUUCAUGGCACUGCCGACCUAAACUGUGCUGUCAGUGCGGAACCUGCCCCAAUAUUUGACUGGUACCGAAAUAAUCGGCAAGUUAAGCCUGUCACCGAUCUCCAUUCUAUAAACACCUAUUCAGUGGGCAAUAAACACAUUUCUACACUAAAAAUUAAGAUCGUUGACAAAUCAGCAUUUGGGGACUAUAAGUGCAAGGUAACCAAUCCUUUGGGCACCAUCAGCAAAGUUUUUGUCCUGAAAGAGGGAGUGAAGCCACCAAAACCGGAAAAAGUUCAACUACUCCAAUAUGGAUCUAAUUUUGCUCUGCUGGACAUUCAAAGACCAUUAAGAGAAGAUACAGUUCUAGGGUACCGUGUUGAGUAUAUUGAAGGAAAGAAGGACAACAGUUCCAAGAGGUGGCUAAACGCCAAAUUAUUCAAUUUUGAUAAACAUCCACCGGGGAGUCCGUCUGAAUACCGGCUGACAAACCUGACGGAGGACACCUGGUACGAGCUGCGGGUAGCCUCUCGAAACGAGGCUGGGAUCAGCGAGUUCGCCUUCCUGGAUGGUGCCUUCAAGACGACUCCAGCGGCGACCAGCUCGGUCUCCACGCUAGUGUUCAAUGUCAUGGUUCUCCUACCAGCUAUUGUGAUAUCCUUCGUCUGCAGGGCUUGAGGGCCCUGCGCCCAUCUCAUUCUUGUGAUAUAACCAGUGGCUCUGGUUUCUAUUCAGUCAAUAGACCAUAGAUCAUAGAUCAUAUACUUAAUGCGUUACUUUGCGGUAGCCUCAUGCUUUUACACCGCCGCAUAUGCGCCCACCGCAAGAGCGGUUUUCAUGUGCUCAUUCCUUGAUAGCCUUCAAAGGCAUAAAGGCUCGUGAAUCGUAAUCAUGCAUGCCGCUUUUGCGCGUUCAUACUUCAAGCAUGGUUUAAACCACCCGACACGAGGACAUUUCUGCCGCGCUAAGGAGGAACGCCGUAUGAACAUUCGAGAGUUGCUUUUCCUUUGAUAAAAUGUUCAUUAUUGAGGAAACUCGUGAAUAUUUUCCCUGGAAAUUUUUAGAGCUUUUCGGUGAAUUUGCGAACAACAGUAUUUGAAAAAUUGUAAGAAAACUAUUCAUAUAUUUCGCAGGAAAUUCGUGAUUUAUCAAAGGAAAUUUGGCAACGCCUGAAGGUUCAUACGACGUUUUUCCUUAGCAAGGCAGAAUUAUGGAGUAGUCUAUUUUAAUAGAUUAGGUACCAAUUAGGAAACGUUCAGAGAAAGAAUAGUUGGACCGCCUCAAGUAGACAAGAACCAAGCCACAUCAGCUGUUGCCAAAAACUGGGCAAGUUAAUUUGUUUACAAGUUAAUUUUUUGCCAAAUUAAAUAUGGCAGCAGCCGAUGUGGCUUGGUUCCUUUCUGCUUAACGCGGUCCAGUUGGCAUCCAGGGGGAAAAAAUGAACUAAGAAAAGUUUUGAGCUUAUCUCGAAAUACGUAUGUAUGUUUUUUCCGGCCAAAAAUUUCAAAGUCUGCAAAAAGUAUUUUGUAUACGAAACAUUUUCUCAAACUUUGUUCUCUAUUCCAUACUUGAGACCUACUUUUCUCCGUCCCAAGUCAAUGCAAUUGAUUAAUUUUCAAUCAUAGCUGUCCUCGAUGUUAAUGAAAUAACCUGACUUUGAUCACAGCGAUGAUGAAGGUGGAUGCUGAGUAAAUUUGAGAGCCAGUGCAUACCAGAGGAGCUCAAUUGCAUGCAAUGUUGUAAAGUUUAAUUGGACAGUAGAUUUAUUUACUCGAGAGAGGUUGCGUAGUUUCUCCCAAAAAUGUUCGUGAAUAUUCAGCGUAAUUUAACAACAAUUUCUCAAGGUUGUAAUAUAUAUUUUGCACAAUCAUUCUGAUAAUGAAUAAAUUUUUCAGGCAGAAUGUUAAUGCAUUGCAAUGUUGCAGUGAAACUCAUAAUCAGCCUCUCUUGCCAAGACACCUUAAAAGUAGCAUUCAGGUGCCGUUACGGCUGAAAACGAUCCAUGAAUUUUGACCCAACGAUAAUGCAUUGACAACGAAAUUCAAAUUGGAGUCUUGUUUGCAACUCUCCUUGAGUUCCAAUUUUGAGAUCUGUAUCUUGGCGGGAAGUUAGAUGAUCACAAUGAUUAAGUCCAGAUUUUUAGAUACCAAUUUUUAAAAAAAUGUAUUGCUCAGGUUGACGUUCAAGGAAUAAUAAUAGCAUGCAUGCACAUUAGUAAUUAGCACUUACUAAAAUUGCUGCUCUUGAACGAAACUCAAUCUCUUUUCAUUGAGAGAAAAAUUUCAAAAAUAAUAAAUGUAGUUUGUAAAGCGUAAUUCUUCGUUUCUCUCAUCAAUGUCUUCAGGAAGUCUGCAUUUGGGAUGGCCAAUCUUUGUCAAUGCAACAAGCCUCUGCGAGAAUAGAAUACAAAAUAGAUCGUCUUCCCGGGGUGCCGUGGGUAAUAUUGCAAAAGAAGGGAAUUAAUUGGAGCAUAAACUGGCACAUAGAAGAAGAUAUUGCUGCUAAGAAAAACAUAGAACAUACGAAGUUUGAGAAGUCCAUUAGAGAAUUAAUAAUCUUAAAUACCUCUGAAGGAUAUUAGCAUUUUUCUACGAGUUAAGCUGAAUUUGAUGCCUUUAGGAUAUGAAAAGAUACGAAGAACAAUGGAAUAGAAUUAAAGUGGCCAAUUUUCACGAGUGUAAAUGUAAUUUAAAUACUGUCAGACGUGUUAGAACUCAGGUUCAAACUUUUUGAGUUGCACCUUGGUAAAAUAAAUAUGUGCAUAAAUCUAACAUAAUUAUUCCAUGUGUUGGGCCCACAGCCUCUUAGAGUCAUAAUUUUGAUCAUUAUGCUAGCUACAGCUUAAAAAUGAAGGAGACAGUCAAUUUUAAUUAACUAUGUAAGUAUGGGUAUAUAUCAUGUGAUAACUUCUAUUCUCCUUUUUUUGCUCUUUGUUCGAACAUUUCAAUUUUUUUACGGUGGAUUAGUUCAAUGACGACGGAUCUAGAAAUGAGAUACUUUAUGUAGGUGGUGUUUUGUGUGGAACCAAUCACACAGCAACCAAAUGUAAAAAUGUAUCAUUCAUUUAAUAAAAUCUGCCUGAAAAAAAUAACGUCGUAAGUUCAGAGGUAAUAUUUGAUCUCAUCGUCAGCAUAACCUCGCUUUCUCGUUUUCUGCAUGAAGCGUUCGUGAUUAAAUCUUGCUGAUUUUUUUUAAAAUUUAUUAUUUUUUUUAAAAAUUCCUAACCAAAGAGGAAAUAUCAACUUUUCAUUUUUUCCGACGUUUUUGACUUGUGAAUUAAUAAAAAUCAAAUAUGUAAUGCUUCGUAGCAGGGUUCCAAAAACUUUGUACCAAAAUAAUUUUAACCCAAAGUUGAGUUGUUAGGACGAACAAAUUUUAUAGUGUCUCCGUUCCAAAACAAAAGCCCAGGGAAUUCUAGCUACCUUAAAACUUUAUAUGUCCUCAAUUUUCCUCGUUCUUGUAAUUUCUUCAUAAAAUGCAAUGUUACUGCCACAUUAAUUUUCUGCAAAUAAAUUAACUCUUUGUCGAGUUUGCUGGUGUGUGAAUGUCCAAUUUUCUACUCGUUUCAAAAUUGUUCUCAGAGGAUUUUAGUUUCAUUUAAUUAGCGCACGUACAUCUGUUACUUGGAGCAACAACUUGGAGUAAAAGAAAAAAAAAGAAAGAAAAAACUUGAUACUGCACGGAUUAUCCUUAAAAUUUGCUUCGAACUGCCCAAGAUUACCUAUGCAUUUUCUACAAUACCUAUUGUAAUUAGCAUCAUAGCUAAUUUGAUGAAAUUUUACAUGUACUCGUAUUUUAUAGUGAAGAUCUCAUGACAAUGGAACUAUCCAUGUACACAUUAUACUAAUUAAUUGUAAUUAUUAACUGCAUUUACCGUUAAUGCUUCGUUGGGAACUGUCUUCUCACUUGCAAUCGUUAGUAAUUCUCUACUAAUUUGAUUCAGGAAACAGUGACUGAAAAUAGCUCAAGUUUCCAAAUUUUUUUACCACCAUUACUUUUUUCUCUCAAAAAAUACCAAGGAAUUGCGCGCAAGACCAAUUUAAAUAGAAAUCAACAACUAGCUCUUGUCAAAAAAGAAAAAACAAACUAAACGAAGGGUGCAAUCUCUUUUUAUUUUUUAGUGAUUUUUUGUUUGUUGACCAUCUAUAACUGAAAUGCAUUCCGUUUUUAUGUAAAUUGUUUGUAAAUAUUAAUUUUAAUUAUUCUGCUGUACUUUUUGAGUGUUAUUAUGUUAAUUAAAUGUUGAAUCUUGAUGAUA